GAUUUUGGAGAGGCUCCGAUGCUUCUUACUAUAAAUAAUAAUGGAAGGAAGCGUGACAUUGCAGUGGCAGUGCAGAAGAGUGGCUUUGCAUGGGCGCUUGAUCGCAAUAAUGGUGACAUAGUUUGGUCUAUACGGGCAGGACCAGGAAGUAACCAAGGAGGAGGAAUAUGGGGUGCCGCAACAGAUGGAAAAAGGGUGUACACAAACAUUGCAAAUGGUGAUCGACUACCUUUCACCCUGGCACCAUCUACUCGAACCACAACAGCCGGUGGAUGGGUGGCUUUGGAUGCAAACACGGGCCAAAUCCUUUGGUCCACCGCGAACCCCAGUAAUGAGAUUUCUCCAGGGCCUGUGACGAUUGUCAACGGAGUCCUUUUUGCAGGUUCUACUGCUCCUAAUGGUCCAUUUUAUGCUAUGGAUGCCAAUACUGGGGAUAUAGUGUGGACAUAUAACACUGGUGCUACAAUUUAUGGAGGGGCUUCGGCUAGCUAUGGCUGCGUCUUCAUAGGAAAUGGAUACUCAGUUGGGUUGGCAAAAUUCCACCCAACCUGGACCAGCGGAAAUUCAGUUUUUGCAUUCUGUGCUUACGCCUGAGGAAGCGAAGUGCAGAUUAAUUUAAGAGAA